GAAAGUGUCCACGGACCGGGGUGCUACAGACGACAAAACAGCUUGGACAACCUUCCGGAUUCCCUGUACCCCAGCGUCCAGUGAUACUGCUCUGAGUGGAACGCAGAAUAAGCAACUCCCAGACUCAGCUACGCAGUCAAACUGGCCCGAUGGCAUGCUGCAGCCAACCCCAGCUCAGCGUCUGGAUGAAAUAAAGACCUUGCUGGGGGAGCAGUUUUUUGUGCAGUAUACUCAGAGGUGCAUAGCGUAAUGUCCAUGCUGUACUACACUCUGAUUAUAGCUUUUUUGAUCGGCACACAGGCAGCUCCAAAGUCAGAGGACAAUGCUCCACUGGAGUAUCCUGCAGAACACUCCCUGCUCAAUACCCACCGGAGUAACAGACACCACAUUCCCAAGGCAGCUCCACAGACAUCCCACAGCCACUCUACUUGGACGAUAGGUAGAAGAGAAGCUAUAAAUAUCACCAUGGACCCAAAAUUUUUUAAGAAGAGGCGUUUCCGGUCUCCUCGGGUGCUGUUCAGCACACAGCCCCCCCCAGUGUCAGGGCAAGGACAGAAUAUGGGAUUUCUCAGCAGUGCAGGUUCUCUCAACAGGACUGCCAGGACCAAGAGGACCGCGCAUCCCGUAUUACAUCGCGGAGAGUUCUCAGUGUGUGACAGCGUCAGCAUGUGGGUUGGGGACAAAACCACAGCCACUGACAUUAAAGGCAAAGAGGUGACAGUGUUGGGAGAGGUCAACAUUAACAACAACAUUUUUAAGCAGUACUUUUUUGAGACCAAGUGCAGGGACCCUAAGCCAGUCUCCAGUGGGUGCCGAGGGAUUGAUGCAAAGCACUGGAACUCUUACUGCACCACAACACACACCUUUGUCAAAGCGCUGACAAUGGAGGGCAAGCAAGCAGCCUGGCGAUUUAUUCGAAUUGACACAGCCUGUGUGUGUGUGCUCAGCAGGAAGUCAGGGAGACCCUGAGAUGGAUCUAAACCCCAUGACAACAUCCUCCUGCCCCCCUACCUCAGUCUGUAAAUUAUUUUAAGUUAUAAAGGACUGCAUGGUAUAUUUAUAGUUUAUACAGUACAGAAAGAACCUCAUUAUUUAUUAAACUCUUUUGGAAACCUUU